AUGCUCGUUGGUGAAGAGUUUGGUCAGCACUCUGCACAGCUGCUUGCCCGUCUUGGUGCUACCAGAGAAACCCCGGAAGCCGAGGGGCGUAAGGCAGGGCGUGCCAUCUGGUCCACUGGGACAGGUGUUGCAUUUAGGCUCACAGCCGAUGGCGGCGACCUGGUGAGGCAGGUGACCGGGCAGGCAGUCGUUGAGGCAGUCCUCACCGUCCUGCGGGUAAUACAGUUGCGUGGAGUUGUUAUGAAAGUCACAGGCGUAGGUUGUCAUAGCGUCACCAAAGCCGAGCACCCUGGUGAGGAUACUGGGACAGUCGGCGGUGAGCCUCCCAACGGCUUUAACCAAGGCGUCGGCAGGGAAAGUGGCGGCAUAGAGGCUAUUCUCAGUCUGCUCGUCGUAACACAGUUUCGUGAAUUUACAGAGCUUAUCGUAGACACAGUUGUGCGGGAGGCCUGUCAGCCAUACGAGCAUCUCGUAGACGUUGCACGGCGACCUGGUGGAGGAGAGUGUGGCGUAGUGGCAGGCGGCGUAAUAAUCAUUGAGACAUUCGAGAAGAAUUCCGAGUGCAUUUUUAGUGUCAUUGUCAGUGUUGAAGACACGCUUAUAAUCGCCGACGAGGAGCAUGGUAAUUUUCCUACCGGUCACGUGGCUGUCCAACUCGCCGCUGCGCUGGCCGUCGUCCGGGACUCUGUAGCCUUGGUCAGCGAGGAGCCUGCCGAGAUCAGUGGAUGA